GUUUUAAGUAGUUAAUUUGACUGUGUAGUAAUAGUUCAUUUGUGAUCACUUUAAACAACUUCUUACUUAUUUUUGUGUAUUUUAUUUUGUUUGUGUUAUGUUCUUAUUUUCAAGAAAUAUAUUAAAUAUAAAUGAAGUAUGCUUAAAUAAUUUUUUAGUUGUUUUGCAAAUCACAAGUAAUAUUCAUUCUAACAAUGGAACAGGAGAUCUCUUCUAUUAAUAUUGAAAGGAAUAAAUUUAUAUUAUUAGAUAAAGUCGGUUGCAAAUACAUAAAAGAUGUGACAGACCCAAGUAGAGAAUUUAUUUUCGCUAAAACACCACCAAAAACUAAAACAGCUCUUGAAUUGCUUGAAUAUGAAUAUAAUCAAAAGUCAGUUUUGUCUCACAUUAAUCAGUUAGAUAAGAUAUUAGAAAAUGAAAUUGUUCCUGGAACAAUUACAGAGUUUGCUGGACUGGCGGGCACAGGAAAAACACAACUGUGUUUUCAGUUGUGUGUAUCUGUCCAAUUGAUAAAACUCCAUGGUGAUAAUAGAGCUGAAGCUAUUUAUAUUGGCACAAACAGAAAUUUUUCUAAAGAGAGAUUAAGAGAAAUUGCUGUGAACUUUAUAGAAAAACAUCCUGUAGAAUGUAAAGACUUUUAUAAUGCUGAUGAAAUUUUAAAGCAUGUGUUUUAUACAGAAGCAAAUACAUGUACAGAGUUGUUUAGCAUAUUAAAUAAUUUAAGUGAAUUUAUUAAUAGCAAAAAUGUGUAUCUUUUAAUAAUUGAUAGUGUGUCAUUUCCACUCAAACAAACCAGUUUUGAUAGCAGAAGACCUACAAUUGGUAAAUUGUUUAAGACCUUAAGAAGUAUAUCUAAUAUUCACAAUUUAGCUGUUGUAAUUACAAAUGACGUCACUACAAGAAUCAGACAUGAUGUCUCAUAUGAAACACCAUCUUUUGGAGACAGCUUUUAUCAUUGUAUUAAUACUAGAAUAAUUACAUCUAAAGUUCGUAAUACUUUCUUAGCAAAACUUGUAAAAAGUGCUUACCAAGCACCUCAAAUUGUGCAGUUUAAUAUUUAAGUUUAUUUUUAUUUUUUUUAUGUCAUGUUGUUGUUGAUUAUAUUUUGUUUAAAUAAAAUGUUUUAAAGUAA